AGCAGGUUAAAAGGAUAGAGUGCUAUUUUACAAACCUGUGUAUCUUUGGUGCUUUUACAAUUAUAGAAACGAGAAAAUAAUUAAGAUAUUUUUAUUGCAAUAUAUAUUGUGUUACAGUGUGUUAACUUGAUAUAAUUUUGCGACGUGACUUUAUUAAUUGAUUAUAUCAAAAAUUCGGGACGUUAUUAUUGUAACAUCGUGGAAUAAUAAUUUAUUGCCACAAUGAAUGAUUUUUUGAUAAUAACGUCGGAUUUAUCGACCAUAGUUUAUUCUCUGCUGGCUGUAUUUUUCACAGCGUUAAUUGCAUUAUAUUAUUAUGUCGAAACUUCUAGAGUGGUUCGUCUUUCAAAACGACUUCCACAUCCACCAAGCUUACCAAUAAUAGGUCACGCAUUAAUAACUAUGGGAUUAUCUCCAGAAACUGUGUUAGUUGUAGCUCUUCAACAUCACAAAAGAUAUGGAUCAGUAAUUAGCGUAUAUUUUGGAACAAGAGUGGUAAUCGCUCUGACAGAUCCAAAAGAUAUCGAAAUAAUCUUGGGUAGUUCUGUGCAUCUCGACAAAUCAGUGGAAUAUAGAUAUUUUCGACCAUGGCUUGGAGAUGGUUUAUUGAUCACAACUGGCGAUAAGUGGCUCAGACAUAGGAAAGUAAUAGCGCCCACAUUUCACAUGAGAAUUUUGAAGACAUUUGUACCUGUAUUUUAUGAAAAUAGCAUGGAUCUCGUUAGACAGCUUCGCGAUAAAGUUGGAAAAGAAUUCGAUUGUCACGAUUAUCUAUCAACUGUAACGGUUGACAUUUUAAUGGAAACUGCAAUGGGAGUCAAAAAAAAGCAGAGGACUGGAUAUGAUUACGCUAUGGCCGUGAUGAAAAUGAGCGAUAUCCUACAUCGAAGGCAUUAUGAUUUUCGGCUUCGUUCUGAUAUAACAUUUAAAUUUUCAAAGUUUGCGAAGAAGCAAGAGAAAUUACUCAAUAUUAUUCACAUAUUGACAAAUAAUGUAAUUGAAGAAAAGUCUAGGAGCAUUGAUGAUAUAAAGGAGGAACAAAAAAAUGAUCAAAAGAAGAAACCUAUGGAAAAUGAAAUCAAAAAUAAUGAAAAUGAUAAAAAUAUUACUUAUACAAAACUGCAUUAUGUAAGAGAUGAUCUUGAUGACAUCGAUGAAAACGACAUAGGUGAAAAAAAACGACUCGCCUUUUUAGAAAUGAUGAUUGAUUUAAAAAAGAACGGUGGAAAAAUGACUGAUGAGGAGAUUUGGGAGGAAGUAAACACUAUCAUGUUUGAGGGUCAUGAUACCACGGCAGCUGGCUCGAGUUUCACGCUAUGCAUCUUAGGAAAUCAUCAGGAUAUUCAGAGCCGCGUAUAUGAAGAAUUGUAUACGAUUUUCGGUGAUAGCGAUAGACAAUGUACUUUUCAAGAUACUCUAGAAAUGAAAUAUCUCGAAAGAGUUAUUUUGGAAACUCUGAGACUUUUCCCACCAGUACCGAUAAUAGCCAGAAAACUUAACGAAGAUGUACAGAUAAUUACAGGUAAUUAUAUCCUUCCAAAAAGUGCCACGAUAUUAAUUCCACCAUUCGCAGUACAUCGUUUAGAAGAAUAUUAUCCAAAUCCAACAGUUUUUAAUCCGGAUAAUUUCCUACCGGAAAAAAUGCAACAGAGACAUUAUUAUGCCUUUAUUCCUUUUAGUGCUGGACCAAGAUCAUGCGUGGGGCGAAAAUUUGCUAUGCUGAAAUUAAAGGUCCUUUUAUCGACAAUACUUAGAAAUUACCGUGUCAUUUCUGAUGUGGCAGACAACGAUUUCGUACUGCAAGGCGACAUCAUUCUAAAACGACAUGAUGGAUUCAAGAUCAAGCUCGAGCCGCGUGAACCAAUAUCUCGUACAUAAUUUAGGAAAACAGAAAGAAGUUAACAUUUCUGUCCGCGCAAACGUAAACUAAAUAAAUGUAAACAUGUUAACAUAU